AUGGGUCAACAGCAACAAAAGUGGCAGUGGAAUAUUUACGGAACUUUUUAUGCUCUACUGCUGUUCGGCUUGAGCUUGACUCUGGCGGCGGACAACUGGCAGCGUCUCCCCACCUUGGACACUUUCAGCAGCUAUGAGGACAUGCAACGUUAUUUCGCGCAGCGCAAUUUGCGCAGCAUGCGGCAGAUCGACAAUCCCACCGAUGACAGCUACCUGAACGCCUUUAAUCUGCACAAUGAGCAGCCAGCACAGCCUGCACCAGGAGCAGCUCAUAGUCGCGCCAAGCGGGAGGAGCGUCAGUUGCCCAGCCCGCCUCGCAUGCUGCGCUUUGAAGUCAGCGAUGCAGUUGAGCCCAGUGCAGAGCUCAAGCAGCUGCUGCGUCGGCAUCAUGAGCGUGCACUGAAGCAAAAUCCAAGCAGCAGCACCACGCCCGCUACACCACCAAAUAAAAAACGCAAUUCCAGACGCAGCAAACGCGCUACGCAGAGUCGUCAGCCUGCCAACUUUAAAGUGGAAAUGAUUCCCUUUGAGGCAACAGACGCACGCGAGCCGGAUGCAGCGACUGCGCAGCUGAUCAAGCGCGCCAGAGCGUUGGAUGUGCAGCCAGCCGUGGCCACCAAGCCAGUGGAGCAGCCAUUCAAGGUGCGCAUACGCAAGAUGAAGCGCGUGAAGCGCUCAGCGGCGGACACAGCGCCGCAAAUGUUCAAGUUCGAGCUGUCGGACGCCAAGACUGCGCUGCCGGCGUCGCUGCAACGCGCGGCCAAGCAGCUGAGCACAAAUCAAACGCAAGCUACAGCAGCGACGCGCCUGGAUGACAACAUGGUCGUGGGUGGCGAGGCUACGGCGGAGACUAAGCGUCACUAUGUCUACAAGGAGGCGCCAGUGACGCAGCUGAAGAGCAAAAAGUCCAUCAGUGCUUUGCCCCACGAGGUGCAAAAGGUCAUCACGCAGCUGAUGAAGGAAGGACAUGGCGGUAAGGCCUAUGUCAAGUUUCUGCCCACGAUCAAGUCCGACUUUGAGCACUACAAGCUGUACAAGCCCAAGGCGCAUGGCUAUGGCUAUGCCAAGUAUUUGCCCGCCAAGGAGCACGCGCCACAUGUCCAAGUGCACAUACAGCCAGUGCCAGUGGUGGAGCAGCUGCGUUAUGUCUACAAGCCACAAGUUAGCUACGCCAAGCUGCCCGCAGCGCAGCCCCAGCCCAUAGUGGUGCAGGAUACACCUGCGCCGGCGGAGGAAGUGCAUCAUACCUACACCGCCGAGCUGGAAGCCAGCGCUGCGCCACAGUUUCGUGCCUCCAAGCCGGAUCCGCUGCAGAGCGAGCAGGACGCGCCCAUCUAUGGCACGCCCAUUGAGCAUCAGCAGUUCGAGGCGGAGCCGCAGCCCACGGCCACGCCCAUGAUCAAGAUUGAGUAUCUAGCGCCAGCUGACAGCUUCAAGGAGCACUACAAGCAGCUGCCCGAGUUUCGUGAGCUCUCCACGCUCAUAGGCAAGUCGCCCGACGAUCAAAUCCAUGGCCUGACCUAUCUCAUCGCCAAGGAGAUGCAGUCCAAGCAGCGUCAGCCCAAGCUGCUGCUUGUGGAUCGCCCCCAGGACAGCACUGCGCCCAUACUCUUUCAUCCCGAUCAGCCAGCGCAGCCUGCCCCAGCUCCGACUACACUCAAGACGGUCACAGUCACGGAUCAUGGCUCGCUGGGCGUGGCGCCAGGUCGGCUCAUCGGCAUGGGCAAGACCAAGCAAUAUGUGCCCAUUGUCGAGCCUGGCAACAACGAUGUCAAGGAGCUGCCCGCUCUGCCCACCAAAGUGCCCACGCCCAGCUCGUUCAUUGACUUUACGCCCGGCCAUGGCCUCUCGCUUGGCUACGAAGGCGUCCACGACGAACCAGCGCUAACCACCGUGGAGCAUGUGGUGCAUCAUCAGCACCAGCCAACAACAGCGACCAUAGCUCAACAUCAUCACCAGCAGCAGCAGCAGCAGCAGCUGCAACAUCAUCAUCAGCAUGGACUGCUGGCCACAUCGCUGCCCGCACAGCUGGACACCGAGAAGAACGGCAUUCACUACAUCCACAGUCAUAGCCAUAGCCAUGACGAUAAGGCGCUGCAGCAGUAUGCCUCAAAGUAUGCAUUCGGUUAUCGUAUACGUGAUUUUCAUACUGGUAACGACUUUGGGCACAAGCAGAAUCGAGAUUUGCAUGGCGUGACACGCGGUCAAUAUCACAUUUUAUUGCCAGAUGGACGCGUACAGAAUGUGAUUUAUCAUGCCGACGAUACGGGUUUCCAUGCGGACGUAAGUUUCGAAAGCGGACACUAA